GAAUUUGAUGUACCAAAGGUAUGACACAAUCUCAAGCUACCAUUGUGAUACGAUGAGUCUCUACUGAGCUCGUCUGGGUCAGAUUUCAACGCAAUACCAACGAUCCUUCAUAAGUUUGAUAUUCGUUUCGUAACCUAUCACAGAACCUUGUCCAACUCUAAUUCGACCUGUAAAGACCCUUUUUUUUUCGGCUACCUAGGUCACCUACCAUCGCCACGACUCCCUCCCAUCUUUGACGAGUGACGACAGAACCCCACCGAAACUCCGAAACUGGGAAGGAGCCCCGCGUCACGUCCCGCUACCUACCAAGCAACAGAACAGCAACCCCACCAUACCUUACCUGCAGCAGGAACGAGUGAGCGCCUGACUAAGGUACCUACCCUACCUAACCUGGUAAGGUAUUGACAUCCAUUCAUUAUCUGGCUGGCAAUCUGAGGAAUCUCAUGAUACAAGAGGUCUUUAACUUCUCACCACUUACCUACCUACCUACUAUAACUCAGGCCGUCUCGAGCCUCUUCACUUCCUCGGCACAACGAGCUCAGUGGUCGUGUCGACUUGCCUGUUGACUAGCCCCGCGCUGCUCUGUCUACUAUCAAGUCAUCAGGCACUCAAGCUGCCAAAGCUACCAACCGUACUUGAGAUAGUUAUCGUGAAACUUGACAACCUGCAUCGCAGAGCUACAGGCACGGCAGGUUAUACACGUAAGCCACGACAGUAUAGCCCAUCAUGAGCAUGUUUCAGUCGAAGAAGCCGUUCUCGGCGGUAACUGUAACCGUUGAGAACCUUACCUCCGAAUCAUAUGAAGAGGAAGAUCUCAGCGGUAUCCCCGAGCUUGUCGAUGUCAUCACCUUACAAGCUACGGGCCCUAGUGAAGCAGCUCGAGCCAUUCGAAAGAAGCUUAAAUACGGAAAUGUCCACCGCCAGAUCCGUGCAUUGGUCAUUCUUGACGGUCUCAUCCAGAACGCUGGUGAGAGGUUCCAGCGAACCUUUGUGGAUGAGCCCUUGCUUGAACGUCUGCGUGUUUGUGGUACAUCUGACCUGUCUGAUGUUGCAGUGAAGAAUAAGUGUAGGGAACUCUUUCGCUCAUGGUCACAGUAUGCUGGCAGGCCAGGUCUAGACAGUCUCGCGCGACUUCACAGGGAACUUCCCAAAAGAAAGCAAGCCGUUACACAGGAGAGAUCUCGAGUCCUCCGGGAGACGGAGGAAAAUCCAUUUGUCGACGACGAACAAGAAGCGGCGGCAAAGGCGGCCCGUGAUGCACGGAACGCUUCAGGCCCUUCGAGCUCAACCCCAGCAUCUGGUUCAACAUUCGGACAUUCUUCUACCAAAUCUUCCUCAGGGUCCAGUGCUUUCUUCGGUAGCUCUAGAGACAAGAAGAAGGAGAAAGAGAAGGACAAGGCCAAGGGGAAGCGGAAGCCUUUCAACCUUGAGGCCGAGAAGGAGCAAAUGAAGUCUGUCAUUGCUGACUCCUCCAUCGCAGCAACGAACUUGAUGAAUGCGCUUCAAAGCAUUAACCGUGAGGUGGAGCGUAUUUCAGAGAACCAGACGGCAGUGGAGCGCUUUGAAGCCUGUAAGCUUCUUCGACGCAAAGUACUUCGAUAUGUCCAUCAUGUUGAGGAAGAGCAGUGGCUCGGAGGAUUGCUUCAUGCUAAUGAUGAGCUUGUCCAUGCCCUCAUGUCUUUCGAACAGUUCGAUCGUUCGAUUGACGCGGACAGUGAUUCGGAUGACGAACUUGCCGAGCAAGCUCAUCUUUAUCGAAUGGCUACGAUUAAAGGCAAAGAGGCCAUGGCCAAGGCUGCCUCUCAGUCUCCAACCGCCUCGCAGCCUCCAGACCUCUCCGAGCUAAACAUUUCGACACCCGUUCAUGCAGCUCCUCCUCGGCCACCCCCCAUGUCCAAACCUCACUCAAACCCUCACCCUCAACCCCCAAGGCCAGUUGCAGCUCCGCAAGAUGAAGAGGACGAAGACGAUCCUUUCGGCGAUUCUCAUGCACUCGAGACACCUAUGCACGAGCGUGAUCAGCCUAAGUGGUAGACAUGGGGUCUAGAGACUACGUCAAGUCACGGCAAGCACAUAGUCCUUUAUAAAGCGAGCAGAUACCAGCGCGAUUCAGUCUGUUUCUUUAUCGAAUGUAAAGUCUUUUAUUCAUCUCCCAGAAAGUGAUUUCUCCUUGAAUGGACUGAACAGUCACAUACAGCUGUCACCAGUACACCUGUACUAAGUCUAGGGUAUGUGGAAAACGACGUGGGUGAUACUGUCAAACCACAAAUCUGAUGUUUGAUAAAAAUAUACGUAGUCAGUUAAUUCAAAAUGGUAUAUCGAUCU